CCAAAUACUUUACACCGAAAAAAAGCCGUCAAAGUUUACCUAUAGGUCUAUACGCAGACAAUAAAAAUAAUAAAAGUAGGUUUAACACGCUCUAAAUGUUUUUUUGCUAAUGCACAGGUUGUGUUUUGAUUGAUAAAUCACAGGUUGAAAUCAUCGGGAAGGACGGGACGGGGGUGCUCAGGUGUUUCCUACCUGCUCCUUCAGCCCUUGAGAAAUAAGCGGAGAGGGAAAAGUCGAUUUACCUGUAGCCCAGGUUCUGGCAUCUCUCACUCGCGCGCUGUCUUCUGUUACCUGCACCGACUUGAAAGUCCAGUUUCACAAGGAAGAACCGCGGAGGAAGAGAAAUAUGUCACAGGAGGCAGACAGCAAGAGGCUGGUUGUCGUGGUGCCCAAUGAGCCGUCCUUCCACCCGCGCCGGGACUACACCAGUGAGGACGAGGCCUGGAGGUCUUACCUGGAGAAUCCUCUGACGGCGGCCACGAAGGCCAUGAUGAGCAUCAAUGGAGACGAAGACAGCGCUGCCGCCCUGGGGCUCCUCUAUGAGUACUACAAGGUGCCCAGAGAUAAGAGAGUUUUGCCCAUCAGUAAAGUGGUUGAAGUUUCAGAGGAGCCAGAAAAGAGAAACGCUCCAGUGGGAAGCAGCAGUCAGAUGGAGCCGGAGGCAGUGGACAACCGCGUGCAGGUCCUCAAAUCAGUGCCUGUUAACCUGUCGCUCAACACGGAUCACCAGGACACCAAACGGGAGCAGUACGGCGUGUCUGCGGGAGAGAGCGGGAGCGCUGCGGUGGUGAAGGCCGAGCUCUUCUCGCCUGUCUUCAUGGCUUCGGGGGUUCACUACAGGAGCGAGGGAGAGGAGCCCAUGCGGGUCAUCUGUGAACAGACCCACUCGUUCGACGCCUCGGCCGUGUGCCACAGCGCCUACGGGAAGGACGACCAUCGGAGCAGCCCGGAUAGCACCUACGAGGAAGACAGCAGUGAAAAGUAUCGGCCGUCGUCGCUUGGAGCUGAUGACUUCAUAUUUGACCAGUCGGAGAUGUUAGACACCUUCCAGUACACCCUCGAGGCCAGCAGGUCGUUGCGGCAGAAGCAGGGAGAAGGGCCUAUGACCUACCUGAACAAAGGCCAGUUCUAUGCUAUCACACUGAACGAGACAAGCGCCAAUAAACGCCUCCGACAUCCCAUCAGCAAAGUGAGGAGCGUCAUCAUGGUUGUAUUCAGUGAAGAUAAGAACCGAGAUGAGCAGCUCAAGUACUGGAAGUAUUGGCACUCUCGCCAGCACACGGCAAAGCAGAGGGUCCUGGACAUCGCUGACUACAAAGAGAGCUUCAACACAAUUGGGAAUAUUGAAGAAAUCGCUUACAAUGCCGUGUCCUUUACCUGGGACGUGAACGAGGAGGCCAAGAUCUUCAUCACGGUGAACUGUCUGAGCACAGACUUCUCCUCUCAGAAGGGGGUGAAGGGCCUUCCUCUGAUGAUUCAGAUCGACACCUACAGCUACAACAACCGCAGCAACAAACCCCUCCACAGAGCCUACUGUCAGAUCAAGGUCUUCUGUGAUAAGGGAGCAGAGAGGAAGAUCAGAGACGAGGAGAGGAAACAGAACCGCAAACAGAAGACAAAAGGAAAGGAUGGAGGCGCCGGGGCGGCUUCUGUGCCGAAAAAAUGCGACGCUACCUUCUUCAAAACGAUGACUGAUUUGGAUGCCCAGCCGGUUCUCUUCAUCCCGGAUGUGCACUUUGGGAACUUACAGAGAGCAGGCCAGGUGUUUGCCUUCAACACAGAGGAAAUCGAACGCGAAGGGAGUGUGCUGGUGAAGAGGAUGUUCAGGCCGUCUGAGGACGACUUCUGUCCGCCGCCCCAUAAACAGCUCAGAGAGGACACACAGAAGAGAGUGCUCCUGUACGUGAGGAAGGAGUCGGACGAGGUGUUUGACGCUCUGAUGCUGCGGAUGCCCACUCUCAGAGGACUCAUGGAUGCUAUUUCAGAGAAGUACGGCGUUCCUGUUGACAGAAUGGCCAAGAUUUACAAGAAGAGCAAGAAGGGGAUCCUGGUGAACAUGGACGACAAUAUCAUCGAGCACUAUUCCAACGAGGACACGUUUAUCCUGAGUAUCGAGAACUACGCAGAGGCAUGCAAAAUCACAUUAACGGAAAUAUGAACACCAUCGCAUUCAGUAUGUUUAAGCUAAAAGACUUGUUACUUGGACUCCAGCCUAGUCAGAUUCAACAUCAGCUGUCCGUAAAAUUGAAUUGACAUCAGCUAGAGCUGACAUACCUCAUUUCUCAGAGACCUUAAGUAUGAGUUUUAACGGUCAAUGGGACUUUCGCUGUAUCCCAAACAUGAUGGAAAAACUUUUGCUAUCACCGGCUUCACUUCAGAGUACAGACUAAUUCACAUUUGACUUCGUUUUGGAGACCACCGUCAGAUUCCUGCCUAAAAUUUCAACUGUUUCAUCCAAAGGAUUUCACUGGAGCGGAAGGAGAUUUCUUCAUCAUAUCAAAUUUCUGUAUGUACAGUAUAUAUAUAUAUAUAUAUAUAUAUAUAUAUAUAUAUAUAUAUAUAUAUAUAUAUAUAUAUAUAUAUAUACUCAAAAUAUGAAUUGGGGACUUUUCUGUGGAGUUUAAGACUGAUCUGUGAAAAGCGUCCUAUACUGUCAAUGUUCUUUUUGUGUGUGUGUAUUACGUUGCCAUUAAUAUUAUUGUUAAUGUUAGCUUGGUAGAUAUGAUUCAGCUUCUUACUCACUUUUUCUGAUGCAAAAAGAAAGCUAUUUUUAUGAGACUGUGCCAUUUCAAGUUUUUGGUAUGUUUAAUAGAGCAAAGCAGGAGACGUGUAUAAAUACUGUAAUGUUGAACUGUACAGUAGCGAUGAUCAGAAAACGUAUCAGAUGAGGAAGACGCAGGAAGUGUAGCUCGGACACAUUUCAGUUGCAUGUUUUACAUGUUGCACUCAUGUCUUAAUGUGAAAUGAAUUUUUAUAAAAGUUCCAUUGGUCUUAAAUGCAAAAGAUUUCGUGACCUUUCGGAGCCAAACCUUUUUUCACCUUUUGCGCCAAAAUAUGAGUGUCACGGUUUUUAAUCGUUUUUUUUUUAAAUAAACUACGCAGUCUGGUUCAUCUCCAGGGUUCGUGCAGAACAUUAACUGUGUAGCGCAGAUUCGGUUGAUCGGCACCAUUUUGUUAAUGUAUUGUUUAAAAAAACACCGUCUUUCGGAAGAAAUAAUGUAAAAGGGCACUUCAGAAAUAAUAAUUUGUAUGUAAAUAAAUGCAUUUUUAUCAAGA